AUGGAGGGCAUUGAACUAGACUCGACACACGAACUAUUGAAUAGAUAUAAGGUGAAGGAGGGAAGAAAUGAGGAUAUUACGAUAUACUCGGAUGAAGAUUCGAUAUUCAAUUCACCAAGCAUUGAAUUAGGCAGAUCAGCCGUGAAAAAUACAAAGAAUUCAUCGCCAUUUAAGAAAUUUGGAACGGGCAGAAGCUCCAGUUUAUCACCCAGUAAAAAGGUACGAAACGAUUACCAGGAUCAUUUGCACAGGAUGAGAGGAAAUAGUAAUACAGGUAGUCCAUUGAAACGGAAUAAUUACGAUUUAAGCGAAUAUAAUGAUUUUGAUGAUAUAAAAGGGAUGCCAGGGUUGAAUAUUGACAGUCUUAGUGGGUCAGAUAACACUAUGGACAAGGAAAUACAAAGAAUAUUGGAUAUGUCGUCGCUCAAGCUUCCGGAGUUACAAGAUGAUCAGGGGAAGGAUAAGACAGAAUUGCUUAUCAAGGAGACACACAAGCUCAUAAACACGGUACCGGCAUCGAUAACAAGUAGUAUGGAAGGUGAAGCGUAUCAGAAAAUGCUCACGACUUCCAUAAAUAAGUUAAUUAAGCAGGUCGAAAGCAUGAAAAGAGACCUUGAAAAUAGGGAUAACGAAGCUAAAAGCCACCGAAUCCAACUUUCGAAUCUAGAGAUGAAAAUGGGACUCUACCAGAGAGAAAAUAACGACUUGAAGAAGGAGCUUAACCAGGUCAAGAAAAGAUCUGUUAUACCUCAAAACGAAUCACGCGAGAACGACCUUUUAAGAACCAAGCUUAUAAAAUAUAGAAAUUUGUACACCGAAGCAGAUAGAGAGAACCAGGAGUUGAAGUCGAAGCAUAACGGGGAGCCGGUGAAAGAAUCUGCGAGCCAACAAAUGCCGGUACGGGAACAACCGAGACCUACGGGUCAGGCAGAUGCGGCCGAAAUGCCAUCAGGAAUAAACCCGAUAGACAGGAAGUCAUUACUGCAGGACGUAUACAAACAACGGCUUGUAGAACUACAGAAUCAACUUUCCGAUAUUAUCGACGAUGUGAAAGACGAACCACCACAGCCAGAGAUACGGCCCGUGCUGCAACCAAAGCUGCAACCCCACGAGACAUCUAAAUCCAACGAGAUGGCAGAUGCACAUUCGCAGCCAAGUUUGCGUAUGCUUGCCAUAUUUGAAGAUCUAGUCCGGGCGAUGAAGAACGAAUCAGACGAGAGCAAGCACGUCGAAAAGCCUAUAGAAACGCAAACCACACCAAACGAAACGAGCCCAAACGAAUCGGUAGAACAAGAGCUGAUGGAAAACCUACGUAACCCAAUUGACCCUGUUUUGGAGAAAAUAUUGGCCUCGCUUGACAAAAACAACCAGAUGUACAAUAGAUUACUCGAUGUACUCAAUCCAGAUGCCAAUGGACAACCCAUACGCAUUAGCGAGGCAUCAACAGCUCCGAUGUUGGACGAGGCCCACUAUCCAGACCCCAAGGAACGCGAGAAGGAUAUCGUGUUCCAAUGUUAUGUCUGCUGUCCGCAGAACCAUAAACUCCACGCCAAAAGACCGUGCAAGAGAUGUUCGGCCGCGUCGUCGGAAGCUUCAGGGUCUGCUGGCAACUCUGUGACCCAUUCUGCUGGCAAUUCUGCGUCCGAUUCCACGUCCGACACCCAUGUCCGUGAUAGUGGGCCAAACCGCAUGGUCGACUUUUCUGACCCCAAAGACAACAAAACCAUAAACCUCAUGGGCGAAUACAAGUGGACCAUAUAA